CUCAACGACAACAUCCAAUUACACUCAGCCCGACAUCAUCACACCACUUCGUCAAACAAACAUUAAUACCUCAACGACAAAUCAACAAACCAGUAUCAACACAACACCUGCAACAUCUGGUAAUGGAAAUGCUUGGCACUAUCCAUCACCAACAUUCCGAAUGGGUAUUGGCGGAGGAAGAAAUAACAACAAUCAUCAGGGAGAAAUUAAUGAUUUGCUUUCGUAUAUUGACGCAAUACAACUGAGUAAAGAGCCGACGCCACGAAAAAAGAAGGCAUUGGAAGCUAUUUAUACUAAAUUGCAUAACCUUCAGUUCGAAGUAGAUCGGUAUUUCCAGGAGAAAAUACGGAAAAGGGAAAUAGACCCGGAGUUAAUACCGCAUCAGGUGGAAUUUAGAAAUCCUAUAUAA